AGCUGUGGAGGCCGGCCGGCAGCUCCGGAGGCCGCCGCUCCGCUGGAGGCGCCGGCUCGCUCGCUCUUUCCUCCCUCCGUGGCGGCGGUGCGUGAGGAGGCGGCCUGGAGGCGCCGAUGUCUUCCCCGGCGGAGGCGGCGGCCAGGCUGCUGUUCGAGCGGGCGCUGGCUCGCCGGGACGGCUCUUCGACUCUGCGGCUGGCGCAGCGCUCGGCCGGCGGGACGGGCUCGGUGGUGUGGGACGCCGCCUUGGUGCUCGCCCGCUUCCUGGAGAAGAGCGCGGCGGCCGGCGGCGGAGGGGAGCAGCGGCUUCCCCCCGCGGGCCUCCCUCUCCGCCGCAAGGCCGUGCUCGAGCUGGGAGCCGGCACCGGCCUCGUGGGCCUCAUGGCCGCCACCCUCGGGGCAAAUGUUACAGUUACGGAUCUCGAGGAAGUUCAGGAUCUGCUGAAAAUGAACAUCGAGAAUAAUCGGCAUCUUAUCACAGGUUCCAUUGAAGCCAAGAUACUGAAAUGGGGUGAAGACAUAACAGACUUCCUUCCCACACCUGAUUAUAUCCUGAUGGCAGACUGCAUUUACUAUGAGGAGUCAUUGGAGCCAUUGCUCAAGACUCUGAAGGACCUGGCUGGCCCUGAUACCUGCAUCUUUUGCUGCUAUGAAGAAAGGACUAUGGGAAAAAACCCAGAAGUGGAGAAGAGAUACUUUGAACUUGUUCAGAGGGAUUUUGAUCUGGAAAAGGUUCCCCUAGAUGACCAUGAUGAGGAGUACCGGAGUGAGGACAUUCAUAUAUUCGUCAUCAGAAGGAAGAAAACGGUAUGUGUGGAAGGAGGUGACACAGGGACAUAGGAGAAAGGAGUGGAAAAAUCCCUUCCUACCUUCUUGAAGGUGGCAAAGUUCAAAAGGGCUAAACAUUCCUGUGCAAAAUGAGUGGCCUGCUUUGAGAGUGUAAAUUCCUUCAUUUAGGAAAAACAGGCCCCAGCGAAAGAGAAUGGGCGGAUGGAAGCCUAUGCCCUGAGCAGUUUUUUGGAAGUUUGUGUUGUUCAUUAUUGCUGUAGGGCUUUUUGAGUCAGUUAUGCAAGCCCCAUUGAGUGCCAAUUGCAAGGAAGCUUUUAUUAGCUCCUACUUAAAAAGCCAAGACAAUUUGUGGAGAGUAAGAAUACUGUAAUUGCAGAAGAGGCUGUGAAUCCUGAUGAUAGCAUUCCACCUACAUCAUUAAGCAGUUUGGAAGCAGCAGGAGAUAAACACGUAGCUAAUGAAUUCAGUAACUCAAGCAGUAUCUCUGACAGAAAGGGCAGUCAAAUGGUGACAGUGAUAGCGAAGCAGAAAGCAGUAUUCAGGCAAGCCCAGAUUAGUCUGUAAUCUUAGAAGGCUGGAUAAUCUUAGAAGUGGUGUGGCUGUGACUGUCACGAAGAGACCCUGCUCUUCUGAAUUUGCCACUACACUUCUGUUCAUGGUUUGAGAGAGUUGUAGUGCAGCAACAACCGAAGGCACUGCAUCAGCUGCCCCUGGUUUAUGCUGACGAGGGAUUUAUGUAGGGAGGCCGAUACCCUCUUUUGAAAGUAUGCUCUGUAGGGAGCAAGAAACUAUCACUCUUAUUAGUUUCAGCCAAGAUGGUUGCUUCUUAAUGUUUUCCAUAAAUUUCCAUCAUGACAACGUCUCUGAUGCACUUUUCUGAUUCUCUGGGAGCUGGGGAGGAAAUAAUUGGAAGUGCAAAUAACCCGGAAGAGCUCUUUGUAGAGCAUCUCUUUGGCAACAGUGGAUCGUCAAGCAGUCUCCUACGUACUAAGAUGAGGCAUGCAGUCUGUUUCCUUGAGUGAGCUACAAACACAAACUCAAGGCUCUGGGUGUUCCACUACGAGAGAGCUGGUGGCAGAAGAAGAAAGGAAGACUUGUGAAUCCAGGGAACACAAAUGUGUAACACAUGUGGGUGGCUUAGUGUGUGUGUUUGCACACAUUUUCCAGCUUUUGAGUGAACAAUCUGCUUUGUUAGUAACAGUUUCUUAGGAAUCUUGUUAUGUAAAUAUAAUUAUUUAUUAAACUCUUGUUCCUAA